AGGGCAAUUUUCUUUUUUUUUUCUCACAUAUUUUUUAUAUAUGUUUUUAAACAUAUUUUUUGAUAAUUUAUAUUACCUGGCCUAUAUAGCCUAGUGUUUCUUAUCAGUGUGAUGUUUAUGGUAUUAAAAAAUAAAAUUACAUUUAUUACAUUUAAUCAUUCAGCCUAUGAUUACAUGUCUUAUAAAUGUAACAUCCCAUGAACAACAAAAAUAGCCUAAAAUUAUAUUAUAUUAGCGCGAAUUGGCAAAACGAAAAUAAGCGUGAGACAUUUUUUGUUUCGUUUUGAAAACAAAUAGGCUACAUUUUGCGUUAGUAACCAUUCAAAAAGAGGCUAAGUGAGAUUUUAAAUAAGGAUAUACAUUAAUAAACUGGAUAUAAAGGCAGACCGCGGUGAAUUAUGGAUACUAUGUGUAAGUAAAUAGGAAUAGCCCCGAGUUACAUUCUUUUGAUGUUUACAUAUUUUAUGGCUAAGGCUUUCCGUAUGAAUAUUAAUUAGGUAAUGCUGACGUUACUUGGUAACCUUCCUAUCACGUGGUCUAUUUAAUAUUCAUGAGUCCAAUCAUCUUCAUAGUUAGGUUCGUUUACACCCGCCUGUCUCUGGUUUCUCGACUUAUCCCUCCACCGACCGCAGAGUCUGUGCCCCCGGACGCGCUCUGUUGCUUCUGGCCGAUGUAUAUGUUUUAUAGAUUAGCAGAACCCUGGACAAGGAGGAAAAGACGACAAUGAGACGACCUAAGAGGUCACACUGGCGCUCGGCUAUUUCCUUGCUCUCUUUCCAUCUACAAACGCACACACACACACACACACACACACACACACACACACACACACACACACAACAAGAACAACUCACUACAAAUAUGAACUCUGGUGCACAGCUGUAUGGAAGAAUGUUAUAUCUUGGUUUUACAAUAUAAAGUUCAAGCCUACACUUUAGACAAAAUGUGUGAUUGUAAUACUUUGUGCAACUGACAAGGAUAAAAAAAAAAUAGAAUAGCAAAAAAGUAAAUUUCGACAUAGGUUUAUGUAUUUGUUUCCACACGAGUAUGCUUUCAGUUACCACAAAGGCAGCGCUGUUAUAUCGUUAUGAGGUAACAGCUCUAGCGCUAUCUACACUUUGCGAUAGUGCUUCGAAAAUAGUCAUUAAAUAGUUAAUAAUAAUUAAAAAGUCAUUAAACAAUAUGCACAUUCUUUUCGAUAUAGCACGCUUAUUAAUAGCCCGUAUAAAUGCACUUUUCAUGCAUAAACAUAUUGUCUGUCUGUCUGACUGAGUGAUGUGGUUUAUUCACGCCCCUCUUCAGCUUGUCCGGUUUUUUUUUUUUUUUUUUUUUUUUGGCUGAAGGCGCAGUUGCGGUCUGUGGAAAGAGAUAUAGCGAUCAGGAACUGCGGGUUGUGAACGGUUCAAUUUUGCUUAGUUAGACUAUAUUAGUUACUUCAUUAGAGGGCCGGUAUGCAAAAUUAACAUUCAUGUCGUGCAGGAGUGGAGCCAGCGUUUGGGGUGCACUGGAUUGCAUUUGUUUAAAACAGUCUAUGAAGACCUCUGCCUGCCAAACGGAGAUAACAGAAAACUUCUCGCGUUAUGUGGAGCACACCUAACGUGUGGAGCGGGCUCAUGUAGCGCCAGAACGCGGAGGAAAAGAGACCCAUUUCUAGACAGUCGAAUAAUAGCUACAGCUUUCUAAAUGCGUCUUCUUAUCGAGCAGCCAAGAACAAUGAGCAGUGGCUCUAGCAACUUUCUGCUAGUGCCUAUACCGGAGUAUCCUGUACUAGACUGCGUGCCAAGCAAAAACGUCAAAAUAGUUGUUCUUGGUGCAAGCAAUGUCGGAAAAACAGCUCUGAUUGUACGAUUUCUUACUAAGAGAUUCAUAGGAGACUAUGAAGCCAACACAGGAGCCUUGUAUUCAAGGAAGAUUAAUUUGGAUGGGGAGCAAGUUUCUUUACAAGUGCAGGACACUCCGUGUGUUUCACUCCAGGAUGAUGCAGAGGGUCUUUACUGUCAAGAGCAGAUCAACCGCUCCAUUUACUGGGCAGAUGGUUAUGUUCUCGUCUUCUCCAUCACUGACCUCAACAGCUACCGGACCAUCCAGCCUCUCUAUCAACAUGUGCGGCGAAUCCAUCCCAGCGGCAACAUCCCUGUUAUCAUCGUGGGAAACAAGAGCGACCUGCUGCGCGCCCGGCAGGUCGCGGAUCACGAGGGAAAGGCGCUGGCUGAUGAAUUGGGAGGGCCCUACUUUGAGGCUUCGGCCAGGGAGAACCAUGAGAGCGUCCAGGCUGCUUUUCUGUACUUAUGUCAGGAGGUUAGCCGAGCACUGGGAGGAGGAAAUGGGGAGAAGAGAAAAGGUGGACUACACCUUGCCAGGCCAAAGAGCCCAAACAUGCAAGAGCUGAAGAGAAGGUUCCGGCAAGUCUUGUCUUCCAAAGUCAAGUCAGCGACUGCACUAUGAAGAUAAUAUGAUUGACGAAUGUGACUGUGUAGGAUUCAGAAAGUGUUCACAAAAUGCUGAUGCGUAAGCAAACAGCAAAACAAUGAAACUUGCCAGCUGAUUUUGCAAGUAUAGAUGAGCAGUAAGGUCACUGUGCUCUGAACAGUAACAUGGGACCCCUGGCACUGAACUUCUAAUGAUUUUAAGGCCAAAAAGUUUGUUUCUGUUUUAAUUUUUUAGCUGCUAUUAUGCAGAUGUUUCCUGGUUUUCCAGGAUUAUGAUUAAUUUCUUAAAUUCAAUUGUUUAAUAGUGAAUUUCUUUCAUUUAUAAAUGAGGAUUAUAAAUGAAUUUCCUUAAUCUCUUUUAAUGUGAAGAAAUGAUAAAAAGAUUAUUUUUGACCAAGGCCAUUUAUUAUGUAUAUUGAAAGUAACAAAGUAAACCAAACAUACUGAAGGGCUGUUUAUUGGAUACAUACAGUAAGAUGAUAGCAGUCUAUUCCUAAGAUUCUCAUGUGACUGGAGCAGUUUUACAAAAUGCUGUUCUAGGAUUAUCCCAGCUUUUCCUGACAGCGAGAGACAUAAUCCAGCUAUGUUGUUUAUAAUCGUGGGAGGAAGAGGUUGUUGACUGGUGGUUCCCAUGACCUUUGAACUACUUACACUGUGUCAAGGAUUUGAGUGUACUAUGUAGGUUCGUAGAGGGUCUCCUUCACUUUUUCUUCCAGAUGUCCCACUCGCCCACUCAAAUGGACAUUUGUUUAUCUUGCAGCACAGAUGAAGUAGCAUUCCUCUGAAGUAGGUCUGGAGAUUCCUGGACUAAACUAUUGGUCAUGUACCCAGUUAGUCAUUGACCUCUAACAUUUCACCUCUGAUAUAGCUUACCAUUUUCCUCUCUUCACCCAAUGGCCUAAAUGAAAAGCAGAUUCAGUAAGUGACUAGCCUUGAAUUCUCUUCUCUCGGGAAAGUGAGAGCACGUCCAUUUCCUCAUACUUUGAUGAAGUAAAAGACUGGUCAAAUAUACAAUAUAUGCUGUGGUGAUUUGAUUUCUUCCUGCCUUCUCUCUUUAUCUCUAUCUUUUACAUAAACCCCCAAUAUUUUCAAAGA